AUGCAACUGAACCAUCCGAGAGUACUCCAGGGGAAUGAGACAGACAGGCAGGCACUGCUAGCAAUCAAAGAUCAAAUACAACAAGAUCCAAACCAAAUCACAAGCUCAUGGAAUGAAACGCUUCACUUUUGCCUGUGGCACGGCGUCACCUGCAGUCAACGACAUCGCCAAAGGGUGACGAAGCUGGAGCUUAGCUCUCUGGAGUUGGUGGGAUCGAUAUCACCUCACGUAGGAAAUCUAAGCUUCUUAAGAGUGCUAGAUCUCGAGAACAACAGCUUCACUCAUCAAAUCCCUCCUCAAAUCGGGAAUUUGCGUAGACUGCAGGAUUUGAAAGGGAUACGAGAUUUAGACCUUUCUCGCAAUAAUUUCACAGGAGGUAUUCCACAGUUUUUCGAGGGCUUCCACUUGGAGAAUAUCAACCUAUCCUACAAUCAGUUUUGGGGAGCAGUGCCAACUGGUGGUAUUUUCAAGAAUGCAAGUGCGACUGCAGUUGCUGGAAACUCUAGGCUAUGCGGCGGUGUUGCUAAUCUUCGACUUCCUGUGUGCAAACCUAACGAAUCAAAAAGAGGAGCGUUGUCUCGCAGAAUGAAACUGUUGAUUUCUUUAGUUUCUGGGUGCAGUCUCUUGGGACUGGCUGUGGUGUUGUCACUUUUUCUUCUUGGUAAGAAAAGGAAAGAAGCUAAAUUAAGCACUCUUGGGAACUCUGUUUUGCAAGUUUCAUAUGCUACACUCCUUAAAGCUACCGAUGGUUUUUCUUCAGCUAAUUUGAUUGGUUUGGGUGCUUUUGGCUCUGUCUACAAAGGAAUUCUUGCUGAAGAUAGAGUUGUUGUUGCUGUGAAGGUGUUUAACAUGUUACAUCGGGGAGCUUCUAAGAGUUUCAUCUCUGAAUGUGAGGCGUUGCGAAACAUUAGACAUCGAAAUCUGGUCAAGAUAGUAACUGCAUGCUCAAGUAUUGAUUUCAAUGGCAAUGAUUUUAAGGCUCUUGUUUAUGAAUUCAUGGAAAAUGGGAGCUUAGAGGACUGGUUGCAUCCUUCUUUUGAGAAUGAAGAGGUGACAGAAGCACCUAAACUUUUAAGUCUUGUUCAGAGGCUCAACAUUGCCAUUGAUGUUGCUUCUGCAUUGGAAUAUCUUCACAACCAUUGCGAAACACCGAUAGUUCACUGUGAUCUCAAGCCAAGUAAUGUCCUGUUAGACAAAGAGUUGACUGGACAUGUUUCUGAUUUUGGGUUGGCAAGGUUUCUCACAGAGUCAACCGUAAGUGUUUCUGGAAAUCAAUCAAGCUCCAUUGGAAUUAGAGGAUCGGUUGGUUAUGCUGCUCCAGAGUAUGGCAUGGGAAGUGGAGUGUCAACAUAUGGGGAUGUUUACAGCUUUGGUAUACUCUUGUUAGAAAUGUUUACAGGGAAGAGACCGACUGAUCACAUGUUCAGUGACGGCUUGAAUCUUCAUAAUUAUGUGAAGACAGCUCUCCCUGAACGUGUUUUGGAGAUUUCAGAAUCAGUACUAGUUUUUCAAGAAGGCAACUCCAAUGUUGAUGAAGCUCACAGCCAAUUGAGUGCACAGAAAAUUGAAGAGUGUUUGACUUUGAUACUUGGAAUUGGAAUUGCCUGUUCUGCUGAAUCCUCAACAAGCCGAAAGGAUAUCAGUGAUGCUGCAUCCGAACUGCACACAAUCAGGGGCAAUCUUCUCGGCUAG